AUGGAAGUGUUUAGGUCCGAAACAUAUUACAUAUUUGUUAGAAAUGAAUCUAGUCUCUGGUGGAAUCGGGUAACUGGUGCGUUUUCCGUCCGUUCAGCAUGGGAUCUUUCUGAUAUAGAAGAUAUAGAAUGCUUAGGUAUAACAGAGGGCAUCAUAGGAAAAGUAGAACAUUCCAAUGUUUAUGAACCACGUCUUAUGAUUAUAAAAGAAUCUGUACCAGUUGGCCAAAUUUAUUUCCACCAUACUAUUUAUAAAAUUAAAUCGAUAUGUUUUCUGAACAUGGGUAUGACAAAUCAAGAGCUAGAACUAUGUCCAUGCACAAAACAUGGUUCAUCAUCAUCUGUAAAUUCAAAUAGAUCCAGUAACAGAAAAAUGGGUGCAAGAUUAUUUGAAAAUUCUGCAUUUUUGAAUAAAACUGUUGGUGCAGUAAAAAAUGUUAGCAAUACAAUUAAAACAACUACUCAACAAGCUGCUACUCAGGUAAAGCAAACUGUGAAAAAACAGAGAGAUGUGAAAUUGGAUGACAAAUUUGAGAAAAGGCUCACAGAUGAACUACAUAAGAUAUUUGAUGAUUCUGACAGUUUCUAUUAUUGUAGAACAUUAGAUUUGACAAACAGUCUACAAAGACAAUAUGAGAUAGAGAAAAUGCUCGAAACAGAGGAAAAUGUGUGCAAACCUGUCACGGAUUUAACUAGAUGGUGGAAGUAUGUUGAUGAUAGAUUCUUUUGGAAUAAAUAUAUGUUGAAGGAUAUUAUAGCAUUGGAGAGCCCUGCCUGUGAUGAAUGGGUGCUACCAAUAAUUCAAGGAUACAUACAUCUAUCCCAAAUAGCCUGUGAGCCGCCAGACGUUAAUCCACUGAAUACAGAAACCCUCUCUAGUAAUAACACAUCAGAUGAUACUUUCACCCUUGGACUUAUAUCCAGAAGAUCUAGAUAUCAGGCUGGAACCAGAUACAAUCGUAGAGGGAUAGAGUCAAGUGGUAAAGUAGCCAAUUAUGUGGAGACAGAGCAAAUUGUGUCACUUGUUUGCUCUGACAGCAUACACCGAGCUUCAUUUGUACAGGUCCGCGGAUCUGUGCCAAUAUUCUGGAGUCAGCCAGAAUACAAGUUCAGGCCUCCCCCUCGGCUUGAUAGAACGGAAGAAGAGUCACACCAAGCCUUUAAGAAACACUUCGAAGAGGAACUAAAUAUUUACAAGCAAGUGUGUAUCGUGAACCUGGUGGAACAGCAAGGCAGAGAGAAGAUAAUAUGGGAGGCGUAUGGAAACCACGUGUUAAAAUAUAAUAGCCCCGAUAUUAUUUACGCUACAUUUGAUUUUCAUGAAUAUUGUCGCGGUAUGCACUAUGAAAACGUCAGUAUACUGAUUAAUGCGAUCGCAGACAUCAUAGAUGAGAUGCGAUUCUGUUGGCGCGACGACCGCGGCCUCAUUUGCGGCCAAAAUGGCGUCUUUCGUGUGAAUUGCAUCGAUUGUCUCGAUCGCACUAACGUUGUACAGACUGCAAUUGCUAAGCUGGUGUUAGAGCUUCAGCUACGUCGACUUGGCUUGGGAGGCGGUGGUCUCCCGCCCGCCCUACGACAGGCCUUCUUAUCUAUGUGGGCAGACAGCGGUGAUGUUAUCUCACGGCAAUACGCUGGGACUAAGGCUCUUAAGGGAGAUUACACUCGAACGGGCGAGAGAAAGCUUACGGGUAUGAUGAAAGAUGGCGUUGCUUCAGCAAAUAGAUACUACUUGUCAACGUUCAAAGACGCGUUGCGUCAAGUGGCAAUAGAUGUGAUGACGGGGGAGUCCCGCUCGAUUCCCGAACAACUGAUUGUGCCCUGUAAUAAGUGCACUAGUACCGGCAUCAAGCUUGAUGUGUUUAAUUUGGAACAACCAGGUCCUAGUACAGAAGCGAUGGCCCAGCACGUGAAGUCACUGAUUGACGAUUGCAAGAAACUUCUCGUCGAUACGGAACCGGUUUUGGGCUCGUGGGGGCUUAUUGAUGCUGAUCCCCAUACGGGUGAUCCCCAUGAGACAGAGAUGGAUAGUGUGUUGGUACUGACGAGCGAGGCGUAUUACGUCACUGAUUACGAUGAGACGUCAGACCGGCUGCUAUCCGUACAGAGGGUUGCAUUGGGUGACGUCACGGCUGUGGAACUGGGCACACUGGACACAAAUUCUACGAUAUUUAGCGUAGGCCGCAAGAGUACCACCGAGCCGGUCCACUGUAUUCGUAUUAAUUACGUGUAUAAUACGGAAGCCGGCUAUUUUCACAUGUUCCGAUCGACAACAUUACGAUUCUUCAAUAAUAUGGCUGUCGUUAUCAACACUAAGGAUGAAAUGAUAGAAUCGCUACACUCGAUAUGUGAGUCCAUAAUGGUAGCUCGCGACAUCGCUAAAUUGCCUCCAAUAACCUUCUACGAUGGCAUCAAAUUGGAAAGGAGAAAAUCAAAGGUUCAUCCAAGUCAAGGUGGUGUAGGGCGGUCUUCUCUUUACGUUGAUCUGUCCCGGCUUCCCACUCUCACGAGAAAUGUAAGCGAGACGCAGCUGGUCGCCGAUAUACGGAGUGUUGGCUCAAAAGCUCUUACAAACAUGACGGAGCAAUUCAGUAAACUUAACAAAUUAAGUCAUACGCUCAACGCUAGAGCGCGCCCCAGUCUACAACUUAAAUUCGACCAAAGUGCCGCGAGGACACGAAAAAUGUUCACAUUAGGAAACAAAACGGAUAACAAGAAAAAAGGCAGCCUCUCAGACGGAAUGAGCUCGGACUACUCAAGCGAUGACGAAAAUAGAACAAAUAUCUUCGAGCCGACCUUGGACAACUUCGAAAACAUGCAACAUUACAUAGGAGAUCAGCAGAAAAAGGAUGACGAUUGUGAAUUAAUCGAAAAUCCACUUUACUCCUCCAAAAUUGAACCACACGAAGAACCAUCUUCCUCCAUUCCAACGGAAAAGCGAGCAUCAACUCCACAGACACAGAAAACGAACCCCUUCGAUUUAGAAUCGACUCCACAAAUUCAUAUCGACUCGGACUUCAAAGCACUUCCGCCGAACUCUUUGUUGCUAUCCCAGAAAUUGUCGCAAAGCUCAAGUCACAUUUUCGACGAUUCUACACCCGAGGGUGUCAAUUAUCACGUGAGGUCCAACUCGCAGCAUGAGAUAACGCUGAAUAUUGCUACAUCUCAUAGUGAGAGCGCGUUACGGCAGUUCAGGAAUAUCGCCAGUCCGGUGUCGAGUGCUCGGGAUAUGGUUCUAUCGCCGCUGUCAAAGUUAGCCAAAGGGGUUCAGACUCUCGGCGCCAACUUGGACCCAAGGAAAAUUAAGGGUACAGCAGCAGUGAAACACAUAAGUGAAGCACAAUAUGAGGAACAUAAGAAAUUGCAAGAGAAAUGGCAAGGCUGUAGCACUCGGCUUGUUGCUCUCUAA